AUGCCCCGUGGCACGUCGAGCUGCUGGACGUGCCGCAUACGCCACAAAAAGUGCGACGAAACGCUGCCGGUGUGCAAUGUGUGUGCCGGCCUCGAGAUCAGCUGCUACUCCGACCAGGAGGUUCCAGAAUGGAUGGAUGGCGGCGCAAGGCAGCAGGCUAUGGCCGAGAGGCUCAAGACGGAGGUCAGGAAUGGAGCCAAACGCCGUAGGGCUAGACGCAUCUUGCAGCGCAUCAUCGGAGACGCGGAUGACAUAUCUAGCGACAUAUUUGUAUUGGAUCCUCCCGCGCAUAUCAACUCCCGUCCGGCGCCUCGUUCGGCGGACAACGACAACGAAAGACACGAUGCACCCCGUACAACAUCCCGCCGGACUGGCACGCCAUCCAGAUCAUUCACCAAUAGCCCUGGCUCUGAUUACCCCAUCGACCCUCUCCUGCAGGAAAUCACGCCGCCGUCUUUGCCCAACCUUCCUACGGAACUCGAGCAAAGUUACAUCAUGUCUUAUAUCGACUACAUCUUCCCUGCAGUAUUCCCGUUCUACACGCCCAGCGUUCUCGAGGGUGGGCGCACGUGGUUGCUUAUUCUUACCCUGGCCAACAAAUCACUCUGCCACGCUGCUACUAGUCUGUCAUCCUACUUCUACUCCGUGGUACCCGUCCAACAGCGGCCAGAACGACGGGAGUGCGUACCCGAGGCCGAAAACGAAGUACAGAACCAAACAUGCAUGGCCAUGAGGAAAGCCCAGUUCGACCUCAAUGAGGUCAGUAAGCACGGUGUACACGGGGAUUUACUCACAAGCGCGCGGCUUUUUGAUAGCAUCGUACAUCUGAUGUGUCUCGAGGUCUCCAUAGCCAGCAAUGAAAACUGGCAGUUCCAUUUAGACGCUGCGGUCCUUCUAUUCAAGCAGAUGUUGGAGUUCCCCGGAGACGUUGGGAGCCAUCGGUCAAAGUGGGACGCCAUGUUGGAACACAUGAGACGACUAGCCCACCCCGGUAUGGACAAUCCUCCUCGGUGGCCAGCGUGGACAGUGGACCAGGCCGCCUUUCGCUUCUUCUCUGGUCUGUUGAUUGUCCACGACAUCAUCUACAGCACAGGAGUCGAACAGAUCCCCCGGCUCCAACCCUUUUACCCUCUCGUCCUAGCAGCCGAGGACGAGCCGAAAGAAGACCCGGAUCGAAACUGUCGACUAAGGUUGGAAGAUUAUGUCGGCUGCCAGAACUGGGCAAUGAUACUCGUUGGCGAGGUGGCGGCCCUUGACGGCUGGAAGAAGACCAUGCAAAAGAAAGGAGCGUUGUCAUUGAUGCACCUCGUCAAGAAGGGGGCGGACAUCGAGCAGAGUCUGCGCGAUGGCUUAAGCCGAUUGGAGACAAUUGACGCAACAGCCAGGGACCAUCGACCGCCAUGGCUGGCCGACUCGAAUCAAGCCCAUGACGAGGCAGAAGCCUGCCACUUGGUCACGCAGAUCUGGGCGCACGCAGGGCUGGUAUACCUCCACGUGGUGCUUUCCGGAUGGCAGCCAGCUAACAUCGAUAUCGCCGACUCUGUCACUCAAACCAUUGAGUUAUGUAGGAGACUAAGAACGCCACGCAGAAUUCAUACGCUUGCCUGGCCAUUGGUUGUAGCUGGAUGCCUGGCGCAACCUGAGCAAGAGCCUGCGUUUCGAGAGUUGUUCUCACACAUGGGUCCCUUAGGGUCAUUUGGCUCGACAAAGCUAACAAUAGAUAUUGUGGAAGGUGUAUGGCAAAAGAGGGAAAGUAUCGCGGCCGAUUCUUGGGAUGUUGCGGCGUGCUUGAACAGCCUCGGUCGUCGAGUGCUGCUUGGAUAA